AUGACGAGACGUAAUCGAGUGUCUUCUACCGAGGACACCACCACUACGAGCCUACCAGCGGAUAGUGUGCUUGUGCCAUCAACUCUCAAGGAUGGACUCCCCCUGCCGAAGAUGAUGGUGUUUGACCUUGACUAUACUUUAUGGCCGAUGUGGAUCGAUACGCAUGUCUCACCACCUCUCAAACCCGGCAAAGACAACGGAUUGACUAUACGUGAUGCCUAUGGUAGUAGCUACGGAUUCUACGCAGAUGUCGCUUCAAUACUGUCAUCGCUGAAGGAGAAAAACAUUCUAGUUGGCGCAGCUAGCCGCACAGGCACCCCCGACCUUGCGCGACAGAUGCUGAGUAUGCUAUCUAUACCUGGGACAGAAGUAAGAAAAGCUUCGGAUAUGUUCGGUUAUUCCGAGAUCUAUCCUGGGAGCAAGACUACGCACUUCCAGCGCAUACAGAAGGCCAGUGGUGUGCCGUACGCUGAGAUGCUGUUCUUCGAUGACGAGAGUCGGAAUAAGAAUGUAGAGACGCUGGGUGUUGUAAUGCAGCUGGUUCGAGAUGGUGUCACAAGAGGUGAAAUCGAUCGAGGUGUUGAAUUAUGGAGGAAGAGGAACAACCGGACCACGAAAGAGAGUGAGGAGUAA